UUUUCUGGGUGGUAGGGUACGAGAGUAGAACGUAGAGAGGCACAAGAGGGUGCGCCGGAGGGUGUCACGCCCGCAUGCUCAACGUGCAGUCUCCGCGUAUACAGCUGAUCGCGAGUUUCCUACAUUUUCGCACCAACAAUCACAUGUCGAACGACCCGUUUACACCGUUGAUGUUGAAUGAAACUCGAUUUUGAUUCGGUGAAUUGAUUUUUCAAACGUGUAUUAGAGAGAAAAUCUGCGAUGCCGCGGUGAGAGGGUGGAAUUUCUUUCGAAGUCUCGGUACAACCACCGCCUAACUUUUUUGUAUCCGUUCACCUGCAUUCGCUGAAUAGUUCAUUCUACGCUCGUGGUAUGUGUCUGUGAGAAGAUUGUUGAAAAACCGAGAGAAAUCAGGAAUGCGGCGUGUCAGUCUCGUCGACCUUUGAUCCCUGUCCGAUGUCAUUGGACGUCGAAGGACGUCGUUCUACGGGGCCAAUCUUGUGUAGCAUAGUUGGCUUUCUAUAAACCAUCCAUUGCCCUAUAAUGACUAACGAAACGUCCAAGAGACCGUACAGAACAACGUUACCAGUUCCGGGGCACUCGGAAGUAAAUCUGUGCUCGGUAUUGUCACUGGGCAAAGAUCUCAGUAAAAUCACCAUGCCGGUCAUCUUCAACGAACCGCUUUCCUUCCUCCAACGCGUCGCCGAAUACAUGGAAUACGCUAAAUUGCUUAAACAAGCAUCUGAGCAAGAAACCCCUAUCGGCAGGUUACAGUACGUAGCUGCUUUUGCUGUAAGUGCCCUGGCUUCCAACUGGGAAAGGCUGGGCAAGCCUUUCAAUCCGAUACUUGGCGAGACGUACGAACUGGAGCGCGAGGACUUCCGAAUAGUCUGCGAGCAAGUGUCGCACCAUCCGCCCGUGUCCGCGUUCCACGCGGACAGCAAGGACUUCGUGUUCCACGGCAGUAUACGCCCGAAAUUGAAAUUCUGGGGCAAGUCGAUAGAGAUACAUCCGAAAGGCAUUGUCACUGUCGAAUUAUUAAAAUGGAAGGAGGCGUACACUUGGCAGAACAUCAACUGCAUACUCCAUAAUGUGCUCGUGGGCCAAUUAUGGAUGGAGCAGCUCGGCUCCCUGGAGAUCAAACAAAGCGGCGGAGCGAACCUGAAGGCGACCCUGUCUUUCAAGAGCGGCAGCUGCAACGGGAAGGACCUUCACCGCGUCGAAGGCUUCAUAACGGAUCAAGAGAAGAAGAAGCUAUUGUUUCUUUAUGGAAAAUGGACUGAGAGGUUGAAGGUGUGCGAACCUUCGCUCUACGAGGAUGCAUUGGAAAGGGUGAGGCGCGAGGCGAAGAGUCCUCAAGGUAGCCCUGGGCACAAGAAGGUUCUUGCGAGACUUCACAGUCUUAAAGUUGGAGCUUUUAAGCCUUCCCAUCAGGACACGAUUGAUGAUCCAUCGGCAAGUAUAGACGGAGAGGAUACUCCACUGAUUGAAGACAUUCCCGGAUCGAUCACUCUUUGGGAAGUUGUGCCCAGGCCGCCAAACAGUGCAGAGUAUUAUCAAUUUACAACGUUCGCCAUGUCUUUAAACGAGAUAACGCCGGAGAUGGAAAAAUCGUUGUGCCCGACAGAUUCGAGGCUGAGGCCGGAUAUCAGAAAAUUGGAGAACGGCGACCAGGACGGAGCAGCGGCUGAGAAAGGCAGGCUCGAAGAGAAGCAACGGGAGACGCGCAAAGAUCGGAAGCACAAGAAAGGCGAUGAAUGGACACCCAGGUGGUUCCAAUUAGGCACGAAUCCCUACACGGAUCAAAUGGAUUGGUUUUACGCUGGGGGCUAUUGGGACCGCAACUACAGCAACAUGGAUAUGGAGGAUAUAUUUUAAUGAACGUAGAGAUCUUUAACCGAGCGAAAUAAUUAACAAAGAAUAAGGAUGGCGAUUUUUCGUACAAAUUGUAGGGAAUUAAACUUGUCGCUCUAGUGUUAUCGAGGUUCUUUAUCGAUUCACUGUUUUCGUAGCGAGCCAGAAAGAUCUGAUUAUUACAGAGAGCAGAAUGAAAAGCGUGGGAGGUAUCCGAGCAAACAGGCUGUUUAGUUUGUCGCGAAUAGAUAUUUCUGGAUAGAGAGAACAGGAGGGGAGAGAAGAAGCUUUCGUUUCGGUAACGUGCAAGUACCAUUGUGUUCCAUUGAGCCGGUGCCAGCUUCCGAUCGAUCAACGGGACAAGAAGAGAUAUCGUUGGUGUCUAAAGAGAGCAAAACUUUUGUACAACGCCCAGCUUUACACGAUGUACACACAAUAGGCAAGAUGGUGUCAAUAUGGAAUACGUUUGCGUUGAUCAAAGUCUUAUAGUUUCUUUCUCUACAGAAAAGAAUCAGUAAAAACUAUCUGAAAUAAUUGAUUUUUUAUUGACAUUAUAAGAAAGCUUGCAAAAAUGACAAAAUGGUAUUCCAUAUUGUUGUCACUUGUUCUACUUCAAACACGUCCUACUAAUAUGUUUAUCUACAAAUGCUACCAGUACUGAAGAAAUUUCCAUUCGUGCUGAAUUAAGAAAUUAUUGAUAAACGAUCAAUUACUAAAGUACGAGUCAAACGAGCAAGCUUACGCUUGAUAGAAAAAUUCCGUGUGCAGAUUGUGCGUAGUUCUCUCUUUUUUUUUUUUAGAUAAACGAACAUUUGUAGAUGUACCAAUAAACGGCUAGAGAUCGAUGUCUACAAAACUGAAAUCCCGUGCGUUAUGACAAUUUUCAUGGCACGAGGAUGGACGCGCCAGGUCCGUCUACUCUACUGUUAGCAUGUACAUACAUACAUACAUAAACGAUCGCUGCACAUUUUUUACACACAGAAAAACGCAGAAUGUAACUGGUUGCUGUUCGUAAUUAUUUGAGUGAUGAAUCGAAUCAAUGCACUUGUCAAUAGAUGAUCCUUCAAUAAAUGAUAUCGAUAUCGUUCGAAUAAUUAUGAUCUGUAAUUACCUUAAACACACUAACUGUUUGAUGAACGUCACUGUUCGAUUGAUUUGUAAUGCAGAGUCGAAAGAUUGCAUCCUUCUCUCACGUUCGUUUUUACAUAAUCGCCAGAUCAAUUUUAACACUAUUUUUAUAACAAAGAUAAGAAAGGGGAUAAAAAUAAAGAGGAACUCGAGCCGAGUCUGGUUUCUCUGUAGCUUGACUAAACAGUAGGUUUCUGUUCAGUGACUGUACUAUACGUAUACACUUGUACUUUUAGGUAUUCCGUCGCGAAUUUUACGCACGGAGCGGCGAAAAACGAACGGGUGAUCGCCCGGACAGUUUAGCUCAAAUAUAGUUAGCUGAAAUAUUUGGGAAGCUUAGUAAUCGCGCAUCGAACGAGUAAUCAAAUAACCGUUGAUGUAUUUUCAUAAGCUUAUUGAGUGUUACUUGUAGGGUUCCGAGUUCAGGAGUCUCUAGAGACGGACUUACAUUUGACCUGCCCAUCUUAGCUCGAUUGUUCCAUAUACUACCCCUAGCAAAAUGUUCUUGAUCAAUCAUGAUACAUAGUAUGAAUAAAAUAAAACAUAAACGAAGCACGAUAACUUUCAAUGGGCACUGCACGUGUAAUAAAAUAUAUAAAACAAUAAAUUGUUCUGCUAUUUUUAUUUUUUAAAAAUUCUAUAGUUAAUACUACUGCAUUGAUCGAAAACUUCCUGCCAGGGGUAGUAGCUCUGUCGACGAUAUUACUGGACUGCGGACUUUUAUGCAGAACAAAAUGUUUGUAUUGUCAAUUUACACAGUAAUUUCAUUUGUACUUCAAAAAUUGUGACAUGCACUUCACAUUCGAUAUUUUGUAUUACCCUUAGGUUUUCUUAUAUUUAUUACAAAUGCAAUUUUUCUAUAAAUGCGUCAAAUCCGCAGCCUAGAUACUGAAAACCAAUAGAAAAUGCAGAAAGUGAUUAAAAUGAAGAACUUGAUCUGUUCCAUAAAGGAUGAUAUUGUAAGAUUAGAAUACACGAGGUUUCAAUCUUGAAAAUGGAUGUUUCGUUAGGUGGAGCAUAAGCUAAGAAGACCGUUACAGCUAGUGGCAAUUAGUUUGUCAAGUAGGGUAGACAGCUUACGAUUCCACAAGCCUAUAGAGACAAUAUAGGAAGUUCAGUAUAUGUAUUUGAUACUCAACGGUGCCAAUGCAGAUUAAAUACUAAAUGCUCUUUCAUGUAACAUAUUGUCGUACACAUACAUACGAAUACAUAUAUUCACACAUUU